AUGGAGGAGGCCUCGGAGGAGCCGCCGACGGGCUGCCGCCGCCACCCCUUCAUGGCCCUCCCCCUCGAGCUCCGCCUCCUCGUCUGGGAGGCCUUCGGCGCGGUGCCCCGCGUCUUCGAGUACAGGGAGGACACCCACCUCGUCCAGCCCGCCCGCGACCGCCGCCACGCGCGCCACGUCGGUCUCGGCGUCUGUGCCGAGUCCCGAGCCGCGGUCCGGGCCCUUCUCCGCCCCUUCCCCCACCCCCUCGACGUCCAAAAGGGGGCGGUUCCGUCCGGCCCGUCGCCGCCGACGUACGUCCCGGCCUCCGACAUCGUCUACCUCCCGCCGCUCGUGUACCGCAGCCGUCUCGGGGCCUGGGACUCCCCCUGGACGACGAAGCCCGGCUUCAGGAACGUCGGGCUCCACUGGUCCGUCCUCCAGGACGAGCGCCGGAUCGCCGAGGCCCUCCGGGCGUGCGCGGGGUGCUUCACCGACAUGGAGAGGCUCUUCGUCUUUGUCGAAUUCAGACCGCUCCCGCGGCCCGAGGAGGAGACCGGAGACGGCGGGGUGCUGAGGCUGCUGGGCCCCGCGGAGGACGAGUUCCGGCUGCCGCAGCUGUUUUCCGAGGCGCACGGGCUGGUGGACGAUUUCUGGACGUGGGGCGAGCUGAGGGUCGCUAUCGAGAGGGUGAGGAGGGGGGUGAAGGGGAUGCCGGAGGUGGAGGGCGUCCUGUACUGCAGGGAGGUGGAGGAUGUGCUUGAUUGUUGA